GGCAGAACCUAGACAAAGGAAAGGCAAUUCAGGAUGCCUUAUACACGGGAAUACCCGCGUAUGCUAAGGCCAAUUGAGAAAGAGGGAGGGCUCGAGGUGUCUUUGCCCAGGCGGGUCAGAGCGGGGGAGUGCCUCUCUUCAUGGUGGGGCAUGUUGAUGGGCACGGACAUCUUUGUCUGGAUCGAGUCUGGGUUUGAUGAUGGACGAGAAUGUGCGAUUGUAAGGGUGACCCUGUACGCCUCAGCUGCCUUUUGGAUCGAGCAUGGGAUAGAGUUGGCGCUCGGGCAUUGGAACCUGCUUGCUAAGCCUUUGAGGGUAGCCGAGGCAGCCGCGACAAAGUGGGCGAGGGAAGUGUCCCGUGAUGGGGGAGAUCGAGUACUAACCCGCGAUUUUAGCCUUAUGAAGAUGUGGGACGAUAAGGCAAUGUGGUACAUGUUCCCCGUGUUCGUUUGUGAAGGACUAAGUGAGGAGGUUCACACCCUCAUGUUGAAGUCGCAAACCUGGGAUGAGCUGAAAGCUUCUCUGAGGUUGAGGUUUCCAGAGGAUGGGGUGGAAUGCAGGCUUGGUAAGGGCCCUGAGCAGCCAGCCGAGGCCGCGUCAACGCAAGGAGAGUUGAGUGGUAUACAGAGGCAAGUUGGGAUGCUGGAAGAGAAAUUGGCGCGGUUGGAGGAAGUCAGGCGUGGCGAGAGGAAGACCUUUGAAGGAGCAUCUAACGGACCGGCUGGGCAAGGUGAGGCGAAGGUAAGGGAGGAUCAUCAGGAGUUACUCCUCCACAAGAAGACCCCGAGAGGGCAAGUUUGCGCCCUAGAAAGAGAUGGAAAUAAGGGGGUCAUUGAGAUCAAGGAGGAGCGAGAAUCUAGUAUGGCCCUACCCGCUAUUGCGCCGGAGCCGAAGGGAGGGCCCAUUGGCAAAGAGGCACCGUCGGCUGCGGGUCGGGAGAGGCAAAGGAGUAAGUGGUGGCCAGAGCAUUGGGCAGAAGUGGUAUGUGAUCGUUGGGGAAAGAUUGGUCGCGCCCCUCAAGGAGGCAAGGAAAAGGAGGUGAUGGGUGAAAAAGGGGAGCCUGAACCCCCCAAGUUGACGAAGGCUCAGCGGAAGGCGAGGAAUCGGGCCCAGGAAGGUCAGGGUGCCAAAAAAGGGCAGUGCUCAUGACAGGUGGGGGCCACACCGCAAGAGGUGGAAGGUAGAGAGGUCCCUGUCGGUUGAGCAGGCGCCAUAUGGGCAGC